UGGUGACUGUUGAGACCAGUAAAACUGAACAGUUUUCCUUUAAGAGAGAUUUGAUCUGAUAAAGACUGAAACUAAAAGGACAUGUAAUGAUCCAAGAUGAGAAAGGACCAUGAAGAUGAGGAUAGAUGAAUGAAAUCAUCAUCAUAUGUAGAAGAGUGAAUGUCCUCAGUUCACCUGAAGUCACGUGAUUUAGUAGAAAAGCUGCAGCAGAACAGACGCAUGCGCACUCUCCUCUGAAGACUGGUCCGUCCUUUUUGUUCAUAUUUUAUUUCUGCUUCUUCCUGGUUAGAGACGUCAUGUGACAGAAACCUGGAACAUGUUUCCUCCUUCAUACAGUUGUAGUUUUAUCAUUAAUGUAGAAAUGAGAAAUAUAACUUUACGUUGUCUUCAUUCAUUUGGAAGCUCUCUACGUGGUGGCGAACUUUAACAGGUAGACAGUGAUUGACAGGUUGUAGAUCAUUAUCAGUCACACACUGAGACUCUCUUUACUUUCGUUUUGUAGUGACAUAUUUCUUUAUGGUCUGACUACCGCCCAUCCCUCCAUGGUUUUAUCGCUCCACCUCCGUCGCUACAUCUUCUGGGUUUAUUGAGAUCGAGCGGCUGAAAGAGACGAGUCGUCGUCAGCGUCAGAGACUUUGAGCUUUAUUUCAAACUUCCAUUAAAUGUGAUCUAGUCACGUUGAUAGAUUCAAGUCAGAACCAGAUCAGUGAGGAUCAACAGAAGACAACAUGUCUACUGGGACAUCUGCAUCACUCUGGUUGACUUUACUGAGCGUCGUCCUGUCUGUUUUUACAUUUUCCCAGCAUGCCCUGGCAGGUGUGGUGGAGGUGAAUGAGGGGCGGAGUCUGUCCUGAUACCCUGUCAGUAUUCAGGUGUUUUACCUGUGGACCCCACAGUGAUUUGGACCCGGAACGAUCUCAGUCCCAAAUUAAUCCACAAACGAGGAGAAACAGAUGAAUUUAAAGGUCAGAACCAGGAUUACAGGGGGAGGACAUCGAUGACGCCUGAUGCUCUGGACACUAGAGACUUCAGCCUCACUCUGAGAAAACCCCACCUCUCUGACAGCGGCAACUACACCUGCUCCAUCAGUGAUGGAAGAGAAGACCGGAGAGUGACAGACGUACAUCUACAGGUCAAAGUUUCCCAUCAUACCCUGGCUGUGGAGGUGCUGGAGGGGGCGGAGUCAGUCCUGUUGCCCUGUCAAGACUCUUCUGUUCCUGUGCGCCCCACGGUGGAGUGGAUCCGCUACGACCUCAGUCCUUCAACCGUCCACCAGCGUCAGACGUCAGGUGAUCAACUGAAAAACCAAAACCAUCUUUACAGCGACCGAACCUCCAUGAAGACGGACGCUCUGAGCACUGGAGACUUCAGCCUGAAUCUGAGGAAACCCCGUCUCUCUGACAACGCAACCUACAUCUGCUCCAUCAGAGCGUUUGGAAACGAACGGAGACUGGCAGCCCUACAGCUGCUGGUCAAAGAACCACCUCCAGUCUGGCCUAAAGUUCUUGUGGGUCUCCUGUUUCUCCCGGUGUUGUUCUUGGUGUCGUUGGGGGUCUUUUGUUUCAUUGUCGACACUACUUCAUGUCAGUCCUCCAGGUGGAGGUGGAUUCAGGGGCGGAGUCUGUCCAGCUGCCCUGCAAAACCAUAACUCGCCUUCCUAAAGACACUAGAGUGGUGUGGACGGAUGGAGACUGGAGGAAGGUCCAUGUGUAUGAGAACGGUUCUGACCGUCCUGAAGAACAGAACCAGAUUUAUAGAAACAGAACGAAGAUGAAUGAAAACCUGAAAACUGGAGACCUCAGUCUGACCCUGAAACACCCCACAGAUGUAGACACCAACACCUACACCUGUAGAGUCUACGACAAGGAGAGAAAGAUACUGAUGGAGAAACAAGUGAAGCUCAGAGUGAAAUUCCUCCAGGUGGAGGUGGAUGCAGGGGCGGAGUCUGUCCAGCUGCCCUUCAGAACCACAGAGCUGCCUGGAGACACUAGAGUGGAGUGGAUGGACGGAGACAACAGGAAGGUCCAUGUGUAUGGAAUGGUUUCUGACCG